CUCUUACUUCGUCAACGCACCGUAGACCCGCUUUCAGUAGCUUGGUUCCAGAACAAUGAGACCACGAAUACUGCUCGUAAUUGCUAUAUAAAAGCAGUCUCUUCUUUCAGGAUAUACUGGAGCAGAACAAACUCAAACUCCCAAACUUGAGCCGGACUCAAGAUCUAAUCACCUUCACAUACACUACCCACUACGAAACUUAUUUACCACAAUGUCAACCGAUCUUAUUCUUCCUGGGCCUAGUUCGGCGUCAUUGAACAUCGAUCAAGCGAAGGCGAAACAUGGUAAGGGAAAGGGAAAGGGGAAAUACAGAAUUGAAGAGAAGAAAGAUACAGAAGGGAAUGAGAGCGAAGCAUCAAUUGAUGAUCCACGCAAAAAGUCCAAAGGGAAGUCGAAAGCUAUAUCUAGAGAAGGAGAGGGCGUUGAAGAAGUCGAGAGCGAUGCCCCUCCCGCUGAUGCCAAAGAGGAUGAUGCAAUCGACGAAAGCGAACUGUCUUCUCACGUUGAUUCAGAAAGUGAUGUGAACGCUGAUGAAGAGACAAAGACGGCAAGGAGAAACGAGAAGCAUGCAGCGAAACUGGCUCGAAGGGCAGAGCGAGGGGAAGGGUAUUAUGACAAGAGAGACGCCGCAGACAAGAGACAAGCGGCCGCUACGGCAAACGAAGGCUUCUCAAAUUACAUGAGUAAGCGAUCAGAUCGAAAAGCUCCUGAGGGACGACCUGCACCGGUUGAUAAGGAAUGGCGAGGUUUGUACUUUAUGCUCAAACUACUGUGGACUCCAGGCGGUAAGGCCGAGUUGUCAGGACCACGGAUAGAAAUCGUCAACCGGGCAAACCAGAAUAUCGAGCAAUACUGCAAUCAGAUCGUAAAUGUCGACGUACAAUUCAACACCAAGGCCAAUGCACUUUACCUUACGAGGCUAAAGAAACUCGAGGAAGGCCUUGCUGGCCAGUCAGAAAGUCAAAAGGUGCUGCGUAGAAAACAGCUGCAGGUUCGCUGUGUCAAGGAAGCAGGACAGCCUUCCAAAGAAGAACUACUCAGCAGAUGGAGGUUUCCAAUGGAAGAACUCCACGGGCAAAUCUUCGCCAUAGAGAAAGCACUGAAGGAACUUAGUGACCUACCUUCUGAAGCAGCUUACAGCAAGAAGAUCGCAGACUACAAUCAACGACUAGCGGCAUGUCAAUCUGAUUCCAAGGAGUCGGCUGAGUUGAAAAUCAAGAAGGUCGACAAGGAGAAGUUGUUGGCAGCUCGAAAGGACAAGAAGACGAAGCUGCUCCAAACAGCCUUGAUUUUCCUGGACAAUCUACAAGCAAAGGGUAUCCCACCGAACUCAGUCUUGAGCCAUCGAGCAAAAUCUGUGUUCGAGGAUUUUGUUUCAAGCUCUAAGGAGAAUAUGGAGCUUUACAAUGCGCUCAAAAAUGAAAUGGAACGACCAACGCUUGAGCAGCUGGAUCAAUGGGGCGAUGUUAUUGAACCAAUGUACGACUUUGUUCAAUGCGUCAACGGCAUGGUCACAGAACAGGGCAUAGGAAGAGCAAACGGGUUGAUCGAGCGUUUGGAGGAGACUAACAAGGCCAUCACGGCUCUGGAAGAGGCGAGAGGUGAUAAUUCCUUACCGAUGUCCAUACUGGGGGAGGUGCUUAGGCAUUACAAGGACGGACAAUACGAACAAGUCCAGGUCAGUAUCACAAGGCUCCUAGAGCAGCUCCGUCAACAAGAGGCAGCGGUAGGUGUGGUGCGAGCUAUAGAGUUCCAACAGCCUCCGAGCGGUCCCGAAAUUGGUUCACAAGACGUUGCUCGACCUUCGGCAAAUGCGACUACUAAACCUUCGGCAACUGUGACUGCUGAAUCCACUGCAAGCUCAGCUGCUGCAUCCGCGGCAAGCGUGACUGCCAAAGUGGUAAAUCCCAUUGCUGGAGCUUCAGCUACUUCAUUUGUUACGGGUACCAACUUCACGGAAGAUAUGCUCCGGAAUAUUGAUGUCACAUCGCUAACAUUAGGAGCAAAUGUGGCCGAAAUGUUCCAGUACGACAACGGCAUGACGGAGCAUGGGCCUCUCAUAGCGACGAGAGCCUCCACAACAGACAACGCAAGGUUCAAUCGUUACUUUGUGAACGCUGGCCUCGACGUGCCAGGGCUGGAGUACUACAAGGUUUUGAAAGGAAGCGACUUGGGACCAGGAGGUGCAGAGAAGUUGGCCGAGCAGAAAGUGGUCAACUUUGAUCUGAAGCAACGAAAGAGAGACAUAAAAGGCGCGCAUCCGAUCCAGAGCAUCGGCCCAUGCGUGGUAAUGCCUCGAGCUGAGGGUUACGUAGGCCGUGGAACGAAGGAACGUCGUCCGGAUAGCUAUAUGAAGGUGGUGUACAAAGACAAACCCGACCCAGAAUUACUCAGCAGGACAGAGUUCACACAGCUCGUCGGGCAAAGGUUUGGGGAAAAGCAAUUCUCAAGCAUGAUGACGGCGUACACGCAGAGGCAGACGUAUUUUGAGGCAUGUAAGAUCCAGAAACUUCAUCCGCAGACCCGGAAACCUCUAACCCCAGUCGAUCUGGAGGAGACCCCGUGGCUCUUUCCAGAAAACGAGCGAAAUGGCACUAAGGUCGAGGAAGUAGAUGAAGACGAAGAUGAGGAUCUUCUUCGAGGAGUUACUAUUGACUCUGGUGCUCUUCCUGCUGAUAUAGGUGAUAGGAUGGAUCUCGCGGAGACUGGGCAAGCGUCUUCUUCGAGCUCUGGUCAGUUGUAG